UGAAAUCUUAUAAGCAGCCACAAGAACCAGCAGAGCAAGAACCAGCAGUACAAGAACCGGCAGUACAAGAACCAGCAGUACAAGAAUCGGCAGUACAAGAACUAGCAGUACAAGAACUAGCAGAGCGAAAACUAGCAGCAAAUCUAUCUUGUGUUUUUGCCAAAUUGGUUAGGAUGUACAAUAGUAUUGGAUUAAAAAAAUGUAAAACCAAGUUGGUUGAAAUUCAAAUGCAUUUGGAAGACUAUUCUAUGUGCAAUCAGUACUAUAAUCAGCUCAUAGCUUCUAAUUAUUUUCAUCAUCAUCUUUUAAAUUUAAAUAGUCAGUGGUACAAUCCAAAAUGGCAAGUUAAAAGUCAUGAUUCUGAAACCGAAUAUAUCGAAAAACAAACAUGUGAAAUUGGCAUACAGGUCAGAAAACAAUUAUGUGAGGUUGGCAUACAAACAUCUGAAUCUAUAAUUCAAGACCUUGAAAAUUAUUAUAAAAAGUGUAAUACAACAAACAUCGAUAAUAGAAAAUGCACUUGUCCUAACUGCAAUGAAAAGUUGGAUACACUAGCUGCAUUACGAGCAGAAUCAACUAAUGAGUCUGCUCAAAUUAGUAAUAGAACUCCCAAUUAA